GGCGGGGGCGGGGGCGGGCGCGGGCGCGGGCGGCCGAGGGGGCCGCGGGGCGGUGGGACGCUGACCCCGCCCCCUGCUGCCGCUGCCUGUCUGCACCGGGGCCGCCGCCGAGCCCGGAACAUGGCGGCUGCGACGCGCAGCUUCGGGCCCGAGCGGGAGGCCGAGCCGGCCAAGGAGGCGCGCGUCGUGGGCUCCGAGCUCGUGGACACGUACACGGUUUACAUCAUUCAGGUCACCGAUGGCAACCAUGAGUGGACAGUCAAGCACCGCUACAGCGACUUCCAUGACCUCCAUGAGAAGCUUGUUGCAGAAAAGAAGAUUGAUAAAAACCUGCUUCCACCCAAAAAGAUAAUUGGGAAAAACUCAAGAAGUUUGGUGGAAAAGAGGGAGAAGGAUUUGGAGGUCUACCUCCAGACACUCCUGGCCACCUUCCCCGGCGUGGCCCCCCGAGUGCUGGCUCACUUCUUGCAUUUUCAGUUCUAUGAGGUAAAUGGCAUCACUGCCACACUGGCUGAGGAGCUCUUUGAAAAAGGAGAACAGCUCCUGGGGGCCGGCGAGGUCUUUGCCAUGAGGCCCCUGCAGCUCUAUGCGGUCACUGAGCAGCUGCAGCUGGGAAAGCCCACGUGUGCCAGCGGGGACGCCAAGACUGAUCUCGGGCACAUCCUGGACUUCACCUGUCGCCUUAAGUACCUUAAGGUUUCUGGCACAGAAGGACCUUUUGGGACCAGCAACAUUCGGGAGCAGCUCCUGCCUUUCGAUCUGUCGAUAUUCAAGUCUCUCCAUCAGGUGGAGAUAAGCCACUGUGAUGCCAAGCACAUCCGGGGACUGGUCGCCUCCAAGCCCACCUUAGGCACGAUGAGUGUGCGCUUCUCAGCAACCUCGAUGAAGGAAGUCCUCGUUCCCGAAGCCUCGGAGUUUGAUGAGUGGGAGCCAGAAGGCGCAGCCCUGGAAGGCCCUGUGACUGCCAUCAUCCCCACGUGGCAAGCACUGACCACUCUAGACCUGAGCCACAACAGCAUCUCCAAGAUUGAUGAGUCUGUGAAACUGAUUCCAAAGCUUGAAUUCCUGGACCUGAGUCACAAUGGAGUGCUAGUUGUGGACAACCUGCAGCACCUGUACAACCUCGUGCACCUGGACCUGUCCUACAACAAGCUGUCCUCCUUGGAAGGGGUUCACACCAAACUGGGGAACAUCAAGACUCUGAACCUCGCUGGCAACCUGCUCGAGAGUCUGAGUGGCCUGCACAAGCUCUACUCCUUGGUCAACCUGGACCUCAGCAACAACAGAAUCGAACAGAUGGAGGAGGUCCGGAGCAUAGGCAGCCUCCCGUGUCUGGAGCACGUGGCUCUGCUGAACAACCCCCUGAGCAUCAUCCCCGAUUACCGGACCAAGGUGCUGGCUCAGUUUGGAGAGAGGGCCUCUGAGUGUUCACCAGGUGACAUCUCCCCUCCUGCCCGCUCCGCACUGCCUGCCAGCCCACAGCCCCUCCUGCAUUUGCAGACAGGGUGCCUGCUUUCCAUGCCAAGGGCCUUCUCUAGGCUCUUUGCUGAUGUCUGUCUGGACAACUCAGUGACCACAGAGAAGGAGCUGGACACUGUGGAAGUGCUGAAAGCAAUACAGAAAGCCAAGGAGGUCAAGUCCAAACUGGGCCAGCCUGAGAAGAAGGUUGGCGAGGAUUGCCAGCUCUCCACUGCCCCCUGCAUCAGACCCAACAGCUCUUCUCCUGCCGUGGCUCCCACCUCCGCCUCCCUGCCCCAGCCCAUCCUCUCCAACCAAGGAAUCAUGUUUGUGCAAGAGGAGGCCCUGGCCAGCAGCCUCUCAUCCACCGACAGUCUUACUCCCGAGGACCGGCCCAUUGCUCGGGGAUGCUCUGAUUCCUUGGAGUCCAUCCCUGCAGGACAGGCACCUCCUGAUGACUUAAGGGACAUUCCUGGAGCUGUUGGUGGUGCAAGCUCACAGCACUCGGAGCCGGAGGUCCAGGUGGUGCCUGGGUCUGGCCAAAUCAUUUUCCUGCCCUUCACCUGCAUUGGCUACACAGCCACCAACCAGGACUUCAUCCAGCGCCUCAGCACACUCAUCCGGCAGGCCAUCGAGCGGCAGCUGCCUGCCUGGAUCGAGGCCGCCAACCAGCGGGAGGAGGGCCAGGGUGAGGAGGACGACGACGAGGACGUUGCAGAGAACCGCUACUUUGAAAUGGGGCCUCCAGACGUGGAGGAAGAGGAGGAAGGAGGCCGGGGAGAGGAAGACGAGGAGGAAGAGGAGGAGGAGGAUGGUGAGGAGGAGCGCCUGGCCCUGGAGUGGGCCCUGGGUGCAGACGAGGACUUCUUGCUGGAGCACAUCCGCAUCCUCAAGGUGCUCUGGUGCUUCCUGAUCCACGUGCAGGGCAGCAUCCGCCAGUUCGCCGCCUGCCUCGUGCUCACCGACUUCGGCAUCGCCGUCUUCGAGAUCCCGCACCAGGAGUCGCGGGGCAGCAGCCAGCACAUCCUCUCCUCCCUGCGCUUCGUCUUCUGCUUCCCGCACGGCGACCUCACCGAGUUCGGCUUCCUCAUGCCAGAGCUGUGUCUGGUGCUCAAGGUGCGGCACAGCGAGAACACGCUCUUCAUCAUCUCGGACGCCGCCAACCUGCGCGAGUUCCACGCCGACCUGCGCGCGUGCUUCGCCCCGCAGCACAUGGCCAUGCUGUGCAGCCCCGUGCUCUACGGCAGCCACACCAGCCUGCAGGAGUUCCUCCGCCAGCUGCUCGCCUUCUACAAGGUGGCGGGCGGCUGCCAGGAGCGCAGCCAGGGCUGCUUCCCCGUCUACCUGGUGUACAGCGACAAGCGCAUGGUGCGGACGGCCGCCGGGGACUACUCGGGCAACAUCGAGUGGGCCAGCUGCACGCUCUGCUCCGCCGUGCGGCGCUCCUGCUGCGCGCCCUCCGAGGCCGUCAAGUCCGCCGCCAUCCCCUACUGGCUGCUGCUCACGCCCCAGCACCUCAACGUCAUCAAGGCUGACUUCAACCCCAUGCCCAACCGUGGGACCCACGACUGUCGCAACCGCAACAGCUUCAAGCUCAGCCGCGUGCCGCUCUCCACCGUGCUGCUGGACCCGACGCGCAGCUGCACCCAGCCCCGGGGCGCCUUUGCCGACGGCCACGUGCUGGAGCUGCUUGUGGGCUACCGCUUCGUCACCGCCAUCUUCGUGCUGCCCCACGAGAAGUUCCACUUCCUGCGCGUCUACAACCAGCUGCGGGCCUCGCUGCAGGACCUGAAGACCGUGGUCAUCGCCAAGACCCCUGCGCCGGGGGGGGGCCAGGCCCAGCGGCCCCUUGUGGACGGCCGGCCUGCUGCGAACAGGGUCAGGAGGUGCAGUGGUGACCAGAGUCCCCAGGAGGCCCCGGCAGAGGCGCCAGCACCAGCCCCAGAGGAGGCCCCAGCUCCAGCCCCGAUGGAGACCUCCGUGCCGGCUUUGGUUCCAGCAGAAGCCCCAGCAGAGGCCUCAGCCUCGGUGGAGGCCCCGGCACCAGCUGAGGCCCCCGCCCAGUACCCAAGCGAGCACCUGAUCCAGUCCACCUCAGAGGAGAAUCAGAUCCCCUCGCACCUGCCCGCCUGCGCGUCGCUCCGGCACAUUGCCAGCCUGCGGGGGAGUGCCAUCGUCGAGUUCUUCCACAGCAGCAUUGCAGAGGUGGAGAACGAGGAGCUGAGGCACCUCAUGUGGUCCUCGGUGGUGUUCUACCAGAGCCCGGGGCUGGAGGUGACGGCCUGCAUGCUGCUCUCCACCAAGGCCGUGUACUUCGUGCUGCAUGACGGCCUCCGCCGCCACUUCUCCGAGCCACUGCAGGAUUUCUGGCAUCAGAAAAACACUGACUACAACAACAGUCCCUUCCACAUCUCCCAGUGCUUUGUUUUAAAACUCAGUGACCUACAGGCAGUCAACGUUGGGCUUUUUGACCAGUAUUUCCGGCUGACGGGCUCCUCCCCGGCGCAGGUGGUGACAUGCUUGACUCGGGACAGCUACCUGACACACUGCUUCCUCCAGCACCUCAUGGCCGUGCUCUCCUCGCUGGAACGCACGCCCUCGCCUGAGCCUGUGGACAAGGACUUCUACUCGGAGUUCGGGAACAAGACCACAGGGAAGAUGGAGAACUACGAGCUAGUCCACGCGAGCCGGGUCAAGUUCACCUACCCCAGUGAGGAGGAGGUCGGGGACCUGACGUUCACCGUGGCCCAGACGAUGGCGGACCCAGGGAAGGCGCCGGCCCUCAGCAUCCUGCUGUAUGUGCAGGCCUUCCAGGUGGGCACCCCGCCACCUGGGCGCUGCCGGGGCACACUGCGCCCCAAGACGCUCCUGCUCACCAGCGCCGAGAUCUUCCUCCUGGACGAGGACUUUGUCCACUACCCGCUGCCCGAGUUUGCCAAAGAGCCGCCACAGAGGGACCGGUACCGGCUGGACGAUGGCCGCCGUGUCCGGGACCUGGACCGCGUGCUCAUGGGCUACCAGACCUACCCUCAGGCUCUCACCCUGGUCUUCGACGACGUGCAAGGCCACGAGCUCAUGGGCAGCGUCACCCUGGACCACUUCGGGGAGGCGCCAGAGGGCCUAGCCAGAGCCGGCCAGGGCCGCGAGGUCCAGUGGCAGGUGUUUGUGCCCAGCGCCGAGAGCCGAGAGAAGCUCAUCUCGCUCCUGGCCCGCCAGUGGGAGGCCCUGUGCGGCCGGGAGCUGCCUGUUGAGCUCACUGGCUAGCCCAGGGCCCUUGGUGUCCAGCUCAGGCGUCCAUUCAGUGUAGGGAAGCAGGUUUUGUUUUGUUUUGUUUUUAAUGAUUUCUCCUCCUUUUGGUCCCUUCAUUUGACUGUUCUCCCGUGGAAUGUGAACAUACGUGUUCAGUUGAUUCUUUCUCAUCCCGGGAGUGACAGUGCCGGCCCUCCGGGGCCUCCUGUGCCAUCGGCCUCCCAUGGAUGUGCUGCCUGCCCUGGUGGUGUGUGGCCAGGCACAGCAGUGUCAUAGCUUCUGUUGUGGGACUUGUUAACACUGGUGUCGUGAGUCCUCUUUACUCCCUACACGUCUUUUUGUGAAAUGUCAAGUCCAGUCUUGUUGAUGAUGUUGUCGUCGUUUGCUGCUAAUCAUUGAGCUAGCAGCGCAGUGCACAUUGGCAGUUCCCACCCUCUGCAGUUUCCUAAGUGAAGGCACCUUUCUCCUGGUCCAGACAAGCAGGAGGCCCGUGGGGGUGGAGUCCCCAGGCCUUGGGGCUGAGGGAUGGGAGCAGGGACCUGGAGCUGCCAGCAUCGAGUGUGGCUCCUGCUGCCUGUUUUCUCUAUUCCAAUAAAGUGAGUGUGACACUG